AUGGGUGAUAUAGAAAAUACCAAGCUAAUAUAUAAACUUGGAACUUGUUUUGGGUGUCAGAAAUGUUUAUAUUAUAGUAUUUAUCUUGAUCAAAAUAAGUGUAAAUGUUCAAAUAAACAAAAACCUACUAAACUCAACUGUACUUCCCAAGUACAAAACGCAUAUACACAAAACUAUAAUCCAGCUUGGCCAAAAGAACAUCAUAGUGUUCUGCUUGCAAUAGUGCAUUUGGUAGACUUAAAUGAUUUAUCAUCACCUUUUACUGAAGAUAUUAGUGAGGAUGAAGAGAAAUCGGAUAGUGAAUUGGAAUCUAUAAAAAAUAAUGAUGAUGAACUUAAA